AUGAAGUUGGUCACUAAAACUAUUGCUAAUAGGGUGAAGUGGGUUUUGCAGGAGGUUAUAGAUGUGGAGCAAAGUGCCUUUGUCCAUGGUAGACUAAUCAUAGACAAUGCCCUCAUUUCACUUGAAUGUUUCCAUUGGAUGAAAAAGAAGACCAAAGGGAAAAAGGGGGUCAUGGUAUUGAAGCUAGAUAUGUCUAAGGCUUACGAUCGGGUUGAAUGGGAUUUCCUUCUAGGCGUGAUAGAGGCUAUAGGAUUCCCAAUAUCAAUGGUGCAGGUGGUUUCCAAAUGUGUUAAGACUGUCAAGUACCAGGUCUUGAUAAACUGCCAACCUAGCAGUAUUGUAUCUCCUGAGAGGGGGCUCUGGCAAGGUGACCACCUAUCCCCUUACCUUUUUGUUUCGUGUGCUAAUGUGUAUCAGGAAUCUUCGGGUCAGAUGGUAAAUCUUGAUAAUUUGGAGGCUUUGUUCAAUCGAAAUGUGGUUGAUAGUGAUAAAGAUACGAUCCUUAACGGGAUGGGUGUAAAGACGGUGGAAGCUCACUCAAGAUACUUUGGACUAUCGACUUUGUUUGGUAGGUCUAAGAAAGCCAUCUUUUCUCAAGUGAUUGAUAAGGUAUGGAAGAAGGUUAAAGGCUGGAAGGAGAAAGUGUUAUAUAGGGCUGGAAAAGAAGUCCUAAUCAAGUUUGUAGUGCAAGCAAUUCCAACAUAUGUAAUGGGUUGUUUUAAACUCUGUGAAGACUACUGCAAAGAAAUAGAAUCUCUUCUCUCAAGAUUUUGGUGGGGCUCCUCAAUAGAGGAAAAAAUAAUCCAUUGGGUAAGUUGGUCCAAGAUGGCUAAGGCGAAGGGUUUAGGGGGUAUGGGCUUCCGUGGCAUAAGUGAUUUUAAUGUGAGUUUGUUGUGGAAACACUAUUGGAGAUUGCUGACUGGAAGUUCCUCUUUGCUAGAGCAUGUUUUCAAAAUUCGUUAUUACCCUCGAACAUAUCUAUUGGAUGCAAAAUUAGGAUACACACCUAGCUAUGCUUGGAGGAGUAUUUUGGGUGUUAUGGAGCUCGUGAACUCCGGGGCUAGAUGGAGGAUUAGAAACGGCCAAAGGGUGAAUAGACUGAAAGACAACUAG